ACAAAAAAUAUUAUAAUUCUCAAAUUAUUUCCAUUAUUAUACAAGAGAUUGAAAUAUAUUUUAACAAUUUUCAACGAUCAACCCCAACCCCAACCCCAACCCCAACUCUUUAUCCUCAAAUUCCCAUUCAUACGUACCAAAUACCAGUAUAUCUCUUUUCUUUUUCUACAAUGACGAAUUUUGAUGGGCAAAUACAGGUUUCAUCAUCAUCAUCAUUGCCCCUUUCUGCCAUUGUCAUAGAUUCUGAUUCCAAUCCUCACAACAAAUCAGUUGAUAAGUCAAGCCGAUGGCAUACAUUACUACUUGCAUACAAGACAUUGGGAGUGGUUUUUGGAGGACUUGUGACAUCCCCACUUUACGUGUAUCCUUCAAUGCCAUUGAAGUCUCCCACAGAAGAGGAUUAUUUGGGAAUUUAUAGUGUUAUGUUUUGGACUCUCAGUCUUAUCGGGGUUAUCAAGUAUGCAAGCAUUGCACUCAAAGCUGAUGACCAAGGGGAAGGCGGGACAUUUGCUCUAUAUUCAUUACUUUGUAGGCAUAUGAAAAUUGGAAUUAUUUCUACAAGAGAUGCAGAUUCUUCUGGAGUUUCAAAUACUGAUUUUUCUGAGGGCCAAAGGAAGCAGAGUGGGCUUGGUCAGAUUUUUGUGAAAAGUGUGGUGGCUAGAAGGAUCUUACUUUUUAUCUCAAUUUUAGGGAUGUGCAUGUUAAUUGGUGAUGGCAUACUUACUCCUGCCAUCUCAGUGUUGUCUGCAAUUGAUGGCAUAAGAGCUCCUUUUCCUAAAGUAAGCAAAUCUACAGUUGAAGCACUUUCUGCUACAAUUCUGAUAUUUUUGUUUCUGCUCCAAAAGUUUGGUACUUCACGGAUGAGCUUCCUUUUUUCUCCCAUCAUGGGUUUGUGGACCUUGACUACUCCGCUGGUUGGGAUUUACAGCAUCCUAAAGCACUACCCAGGCAUAUUCAAAGCUUUAUCCCCACACUACAUCAUCAUGUACUUCUUGAAAAAUGGGAAGGAAGGUUGGCUGUCUCUUGGAGGCACAAUCCUCUGCAUUACAGGUUCUGAAGCCUUAUUUGCUGACCUAGGUCAUUUUAGCAGAAGUUCCAUUCAGCUUGCAUUUCUGCUCACAAUAUACCCAUCCCUGGUUUUAACAUAUGCGGGGCAGACAGCUUAUCUCAUCAGACACCCCGAUGAUCAUAAAGAUGGAUUCUAUAAAUUCAUACCAACACGAGUAUAUUGGCUUAUGUUUGUGAUAUCCACGCUUGCUGCUGUUGUCGCUAGUCAAUCAUUGAUUUCAGCCACCUUUUCACUUGUUAAACAAUCUGUUGUUCUAGAUUAUUUUCCUCGGGUAAAGGUGGUGCAUACAUCCGCUAGCAAAGAAGGCGAGGUUUACUCCCCUGAAAUCAACUACAUCCUCAUGAUUCUAUGUGUUGCUGUCAUACUUAUCUUUGGAGAUGGAAAAGAUAUUGGAAAUGCCUUUGGUGUUGUUGUGAGUAUGGUCAUGCUUAUAACUACCAUACUUCUGACUCUAGUCAUGAUUGUAAUCUGGAGAACAUCACCUAUAUUAGUAUUCCUCUUCUCCUUCACAUUUUUAACAAUGGAAGGUGUAUAUGUGAGUGCUGUAUUGACGAAAAUUCCCGAGGGUGGAUGGAUCCCUUUUGCUAUUUCCUUCAUUCUUGCAUUCAUCAUGUUUGGUUGGUAUUAUGGAAGGCAAAGAAAGAUUGACUACGAGUUGACACACAAGAUAGACAUUGAUAGACUCCGGGUUCUAUUGUCCGACCCUGGUGUCCAAAGAGUCCCGGGAAUGUGCUUUUUUUACACAAACAUUCAAGAUGGCUUGACACCCGUCUUAGGCCAUUACAUUAAAAACAUGAAAUCCCUUCAUAAGGUCACCAUUUUCACGACACUUCGAUACUUAUUGGUCCCAAAAGUUGCACCCCACGAAAGAAUUCUGAUCAGUAAACUCGGUCUAAAAGGGAUAUAUGGGUGUGUAAUCCAGUAUGGGUAUGCAGAUUCUUUACAUCUUGAAGGUGGUAACUUUGUGAACCAAGUUAAUACAUACUUAAAGGAUUAUAUAACUCAUUACUCAGGGCAUCUUCCGUCUGAUGUAAUGGUUAUUCAUGAAGAGCUUUCGAAUUUGCAGGAAGCUAAGAAUCUCGGUGUUGUUCAUGUACGAGGGAAGACUCGGUUUUAUGUAGGUCAGAAUUGUGGCUGGUUUGACAAAAUUAUGCUCGCAUUUUACGAAAUUAUGCACAGUAAUUGUAGGUCGUCUCUUCCUACUUUAGGAGUGCCUCUUACGCAGCGUAUGGAAGUUGGUAUGCUCUAUGAGGCUUGAAAUCAACAAGAGACAUUGCUACUUUAGUCCGUCCUGUUUACUUCCUGUAUACUAUUUCGGGGCGCCCCAGAAUUAUCCCGCUAUCAAUAUUCAGGUAAAGAUUUGCACCCAUUUAUUCUCUUUAUACUCCUACACUCCCUCCUUUGUUCAUUAACUAUUUUCUUAUUCGACCCUUCGUAGUUUUCUUAAUAUGCACGGCUGAUAGCAAAGCCAAACUAAAAGAUAAUCAUGGGACAUGGAGAGUAGUUCGCAUUGUAUAUAUGGUAAUAAUUAAAUGGAUUUCGCACGAGCAAAGGCACUAUUCGAAGGUUUUUGAGUUCUUGCACAUGCUAUUUUAGUUACUGAUCUCAAGUUGAGAAACUGAGAUUAUAAGGAAUACAGUGUGCUAAGUAUAGAUUGAAUUAUUGUUGAAGAUUGUUUCUUCAUGAUGAUUUAUAGCCUGUCUUUAUGUAUGUGUAUCUCAUGAUACGAUGAGAAAUGAGAAUGUGUAUAUAAAUAUACAAUUUUACUUCUAUAGUUCUGUUGAUAGAUAUACAAUUGGAAUGGAACUUUAAAUAAUGAUGUAAUUUUGGAUGA